AAGAUAAGGGCCAUGGCCCCUUUUGAAAAAUUGGCUUUUGUUGAUCGCAAGGUCAUAAUUCCAUUUGAUAGUACAUGUAUGCAUAGUUCUUCUCGAAACGAAUAGUACCAAGAAAUAAACAUGAAAAGCUUCUUUGAUUUCUCGCUGUGUACAUGUAUCUUGUCGGCAGCAUUGUGUGGGGCAAAGGGAGAGGUGGUGUACACUGUCUUUGCAGCCGCGGAGGGAGGCUGCCAAGUGGGGACGAACAAUAUUUCCACUGUGAUGGAUCCGCAGGCGCAAGAGAUUGGUUAUUGCCAAAAUCACGGCGUAGGAGCAAGCCUUUACAAUUCCAUCGAAGUGCUUAGUUGUACUGACAACUGUUUGUGCUUUAAGCAGUGGGCCUCGGACGAUGCAGACGGCAACUGUAACGAAUCCCUGGCACUUGGAUUCAACGUCAAGGUAUCCUGCUUUGACAAAUGUUUACAGGACUGUAAUGGGAAUAACUGUGGCGAUAUAGCCUUGCCAGGCUCGGCUACCACUCGGUUGCAACUCACGCUCACAGGGUCGUCAGCAGCAAAUUUAAUAUGCGCGACACCUGUGUCGGAAGACGAAUUCGUCUGCGAAACCACCGGUAUGAUUAAAGACUCAGACGGAGACAUUGUGGAUGACUUCGAAAUGAAAGAUACUGAUUCAGAAGCUCAGUCUCAUGAUGAUUCAGAUGCAUCCGAUGGCAAUCCGCCUCAAGAACCAUCUGGUGCGCCUCAAGAACAAUCUGGUGCCGCGACUCAAGAACCAUCCGGUGCCGGAAAUAUGGUCCCUACUCUGAGCACAUCCUUGUCGUUUUCUGUAUUAGGUAUUGGUUUUGGUUUCCUCCUGCUGAGCUCUGUUACGAGUGAUUCUUGUUCCAAAUUCUGAAAGCAUAAGCUAGUAUAUGUAACGCUGCACUGCCGACGAAU